GUCACACUAUGUUUGGGAAAAGGAACUACUUCUUAUUAAUUUUAAUUUUGUUCUGAAUCCAUGCAUUUUUUCUCUUUAUAUAUUUGCACCAUUUUUGUACUAGCAUCUCAUACCAUAAUUCAAUGUAAGCUAUGGCUGCUAGCGUUGGAAAGCUUGAGGCAGAAACUGAGGUAAAGUCCAAUGCAGACAAGUUCUGGGGUGCUAUUAGGGAUUUUGUAACCAUAUUCCCUAAGGCCUCACCAACUGAUUACAAAAGCAUUCAAAUUCUUGAGGGUGAUGGCAAGGUUGUUGGCUCUGUCUACACAACAAUUUCAGGAGAUCAAGGAAAUGAAGCUGUGAAGACGGUGACAGAGAAGAUUGAAAGUGUUGAUGAUGCAAAGAGGACAAUAAUUUAUAGUGUGAUUGAUGGGGAUCUUCUCAAGUACUAUAAGCGUUACAAGGGAUAUGUGAAUGUAACACCAAAGGGAGAUGAUAAUGGAAGCUUGGUGAAAUGGUCGUGUGAGUAUGAAAAGGCUAGUCAAGACGUUCCUGAACCUAAUUUCAUGGCAGAAGCUGCAAUCAACACCUUCCUAAAAGUUGAUCACUACAUUCUAAACGCAUAAUCCUUUGAAGGGCUUCUACUUCUAUGCAUUAUAGUAAUUGGGUUAUACAUUAAUGAUGAAUGAUUAAUGAAAUACUAAUAUAAAAAUAAGAAAAAUGCUAAGUAUAUA